AUGCCAUUUGCGCAGCCUCCUGAACAAGGGCCCCUUAGAUUCUCACCACCAGCUUCGUUGAACACCUCCUGGACUGGGUCGAGAGACGCCACCCAGUUCGGCAACAUUUGCUACGGCUACGGGAAUGACAACAACAGGCUCGCGGCGCUUGGUUUCAAGAUCUCCGAGGACUGUCUGAGCAUCAACGUCGUUCGCCCCUCCAACUACACAAACCAGUCGCUCCCAGUUGCCGUGUAUAUCUAUGGGGGCGGCUACUUCCAAGGCGGCAGUGCUGAUCCUCGGCUGAACUUCUCGUCCAUCAUUAGGGACUCUGUCGCCGCAGGGAAGCCCAUCAUUGGUGUUAGUUUUAACUAUCGCCUUUCUGCCUUUGGCUUUCUAGGAGGAUCUGAAAUCGUUGCCGCUGGGGCUGCAAAUCUUGGCUUUAGGGAUCAGAGACUGGCGCUUCACUGGGUGCAAGAGAAUAUUGGAGCGUUUGGAGGAGAUCCUGCGAAAGUGACGAUAUUCGGCAACAGCGCGGGUGCAGGUUCUGUCGGCGCACAGCUGUUGGCAUACAAUGGGCGCGAUGACGGACUGUUCAGAGGCGCCAUUUCUCAGUCGGGAGCUCCUGCUGGUUUCUCGCCAUUCUCUCCGUUCCUCGAUGUCACAAAGUGGGACGAGGUCUAUGACAAUAUCACAGCCGGUACAGGCUGCAACUCGACAGAUACGCUCAACUGUCUACGAAACGUGCCAAUCGAGGUUUUGAAUGCCAUAGUCAAUUCUACAGCCACUUCAGGGGCUUCCUACGGACUAGUUUUUGACGGUGACUUUGUUGCCGAUGCACCGGGAGCGCAGCUGGCCAAGGGCAACUUCGUCAAGGUUCCGUAUAUCAUCGGCCACAACACAGACGAAGGAUCUGCCUUCAUCCCAGGGAACAACUUUGACAACGCCACGCUCUAUCCGACAUCCAAGAUCGACACGGAUGAGCAGUUUAGGGACUACAUCGUUUCGCUCAAGGCCAACGAGACGGUGGCAAGUCGUGUGUUCGACUUGUACCGCCAAAACGCAACCGACCAGGCUCUAGCCACGUACCCAGACGAUCUCGGCGCUGAACUUGGUUACCAAUACAAGAGAGCUGUUACGCUCGCUGGUGACUCUAACAUCAUCGCACCGACUCGCUACACGGCUCAGAUGUGGACGACCUACAACGUACCCCUCUACAAGUAUCGAUGGGACGUUACAGUCAGCGGGCUACCUCGCUACAUCGGCGCAACGCAUGCGAAAGAGAUCUUCUUCGUCUUCAACGACCAAAGCAGAGACGAUUACGACGUGUGGCCUCUGCAAGACAAACCCCAGUCGUUCUCUGACCUGGCUUCCAUCAUGGCAACUGCAUGGGCCAGCUUUGUUGCGACAGGGGACCCGAAUAGUAAUGGAUCUGGUAAGUGCGGUCUUCUGCAGGCCUCGACAGGAUGA